CCAAAACAGUAUCCAGAUAUCUGGAACAAGACUGGAUCUGUCAAGUUAAUACGAUGGUCACCUGAUUACAGUGUUGUCAUGGUAACCUGGGAAUGUGGAGGCCUUUCUCUGUGGAGUGUAUUUGGGGCACAUCUGAUUUGUACUCUUGGAGGAGACUUUGCUUACAGAGCCGAUGGUACCAAGAAAGAAACUUUAAAAAUUAGCUCUAUGAGCUGGGGACCUGAAGGCUAUCAUUUGUGGGCCAUUGCUGCAAACUCUUCAGGACAUGGGACAAAUGACAAAGCUGUACCAAAACAGUCAGGAAUACUCCAGUUCCAGUUUAUUAAGAGUGCCCUUACUGUGAACCCCUGUAUGAGCAACCAGGAACAAGUAUUACUUCAAGGAGAAGACCGUUUGUACUUGAACUGUGGGGAUGCAACUCAGACUCAGCAUGUAAGAAGUCCAUCCUCACAUACAGAACACAAGUCCAUGCGUGAAAGGCCU